GGCUUGGUUUGGCGUUUCUUACAGGGAAAGAUUUCGUCCUUAAUAUACAAAGAAACGCUCAUGACAAAGUCGUGGCAAACCCCCGAGAUGACAUUCUUGACAUCCAGACAAUUCAUUCAAAUGUUUUCCUUUAAUGGCGGUGUCUUCAUUUGCACUAACACAUAUACACUCACACGCUCUGGCCACUCGCUUUUGGAUUAGGCUCAUAUUUUUCGGAUUGAGCAGAUUUGUACUUAUAUGGGGAUGGUCGUAACGAACAGUAAAAAUGUAUGGCAGUAUGUAGCCUAUUGCUCCAGCAUUUUGCUACCUUAAGUUGUGAAAUAACGUUUUUCUUCGCCGACGGUUAUUUUGCGCGGAUGGCCAUUGCCAUCCAUUAUUUGCACUCCGUGUGUAUUUCAUCCUGGCCAGAGUGCGACCUCUUACCAGUCAUCCUGCAUAAUAAGAGACCCUGUUUACGUCACAUACAUGUUCUGUAGCUCGAGGAAAGCUAACAUGCGGCGCAAACUUUGAGAGACGUCCACAAGCGGCAGAACCUAGCGGCGCAGCCUUGCUUGGCCUACAUGUUUCCAAAUAAUUUUACGGACAGAUAUAUUUGUAGAUUUCUCUACUGUAACUGUGCAUUCUGAAACCCGAGUGUAUUUGAAAAGGACGGGACCAAAGCAGACAUGGAACUCUCAUGCCUGGAAAAGUACACCGUGAAAAAUACCGUGAUUACAUCUCGGCUAGACCCGAACCUCCUGCAAGAUGACAGGGUUUUGGAGAGCUUGCUCAGCUUCGAGGAACACUUUCUUCCUCGGGUUUCUUAUUUUAAGUGCGUCCAAACCGAAGUUAAACCAUAUAUGCGGAGUAUGCUUACAGAUUGGAUGCUGGAGGUCUGCGAGCGUAAAUGCGAAGACGGCGUGUUCACGUUAGCUGUGAACUACCUGGACAGGUUUUUAGCCGUGGUGCCCACUAGGAAGGGUCACCUGCAGCUGCUUGGUGCGGUGUGCCUGUUCCUGGCAUCCAAGCUGAAGGAGGCGCGGCGGCUAGCCCCGGUGGAACUCUGCGCCUUUACCGACAAUGCCAUUAAACCGGAUGCGCUGCUGUGGGAGCUGCUGGUCGUGGAUAAGCUGAAUUGGGAUCUGGCUGCUGUCGUGCCGAAUGACUUCAUCGAGCCCAUUGUGGCGAAGCUCCCGCUGCCCGGUGACAAGCUACCGUUGAUCCGCAAGCACGUGCAGGCCGUCGUGGCUCUCUGUGCCACAGAGUUCAGCUUCACUGCGUACCCCCCCUCCAUGAUGGCCGCCGCCACCAUAGGGGCAGUCAUCCGCAAGCUGCAGCUGGACAGCACUGACCCGGCGCGGUCCGCCGACAACCUGCUGGACCUGCUGGCCAAAAUGAUCCACACGGAGACGGACCGCCUGAAGGCCUGCCAGGAGCAGAUUGAGCGUUUCCUGGUGACCGGUCUGCAGGAGGGGCGGUGGUCACUCAAACGGGCCGGAGAGGGGCCCGACGCCGAGGGGCCGGACCCCCCUGCACCUGUCCUGUGCCCCCACUGAUGUUCGGGAUGUUCACCUUUGAUUCAUGUUCAAAUUAUUAUUAUUUUUUUUUUUUUAAUUGGUAUUUUGUUUACUCGCUGUUGUUAUUGUAUGUGCUUAAUAUAGUUAUACAUUAUAAGCAGAAGAAGGCAACCCUGAAAGCUUUUGAACUUGCAAUUGCACUGGCUUAGGAUUGGUUGUAUGGAGUUAGUAUUCAGUCUUUUAUUAUUAUUAUUAUUAUUUCAGGGAUUUGUGAGAUAGAGGGAAGGGCAUGGGGGUAGAAUGCUUCAUUUGUCUGAGUUACAGUACAGCUGUACUGCUGUUUACUAUUAAUAGUCAUCCACAAUUUGGCGAGGGCUGGACCCAGCCAAUCGGGAGGAGGGGGUCAUGGGGGGGGGGUAGAGGGCAUAGCCCCCGAGUAAGACCCAAUCAGAGAGGCAUGGAUUUCCUAUGCUGUUAAUAGGGCACUUAGGAGCAUCACAUUUCAUUCCUAAAUAUAGCACAUUCGUUGCUCAAGAUACUGAGCUGGAAAUGACCAGGAAUAUUGCUGCAGAUGGAUAGACAGACAGUGUUUUAGUAUUUAAUUUGUGUUCAUUUCUUUUUGUUUUCAUAAUGUUUUGUGGGUUAGUAGGAAGUGCCAGAAUGUGCGGUGGUGUGGUGUAGAAAGCUAAACCUGUAGGGGGCGCUAGAGUAGUUCGGUGAGUGAAAGUACAUAGAGAAGGGAGACUGAGUGGCUCCAGGUGGUGUGAGAGGUGAACUUUCUUGAUCAAAGCACUUUGAAAACAACUACUUCCACCAAAAAGUUUAAAUUAUAGUUUUGUUUUUUUUUCCUUUUUCAGUCAUGUUUUGGAGCUGGUUUCCUCCGGGUGUUUAGGUGUUUCCUUGGUAACGGCUAACUAUGAACAUUCCAACGGAAAAGUAGUCAACAAUGGAAUGUCAGUCCAUUUUGGGUUUUUUUUUUUGUUGAUUUGUUUGAUUUGUUGUUAGCUUUAGUUUGGUUCUUCUUACUUGAAUUUUGAAUGUCUUGCCCCCCCCCACCCCACCCCCGUUUCUGCACUUUAAUCCUGAGACGGUCCUCGUCUGGCUGAAGAUAUGCCGUCCACAUUGAUUGGGCUAGCAUCAGCUGUUACUGUCCUUGAGCCCAGAGCACUCUGAAAGAGGGCACGUCAUGGAAUGAUGGGGGAGGGGGGGCUCGAUUGGUUCAUUGUCUGGGACUAAGACACAUACGGUAAGGCACUGGAAAGUUUGAGGCUCAGCUGGGUGUAAUGUUUUCAUUCCUGCCUUAUGAAUAAGUGGAUUUCCUGGAAAAAUGCAGUGUAAAAAUACACUGUUUAACCAGGCCACUUUGAAUGUCCUCUGUGGCAUCGACCCCCCCCCCCCCCAACCCAACCAUCACACCC